GCCAAUAGGGGGAGCGGUGGCGGCGGUGGUGGGCCGAGCAUGAUGUAUGUUACGGGUAUGGUCGGGACCUCGAUCGAGGGGGAAGGGGCGGCGGAGGUGACUUGUCUCGUCGUCUUGACAUGCGUAGAUGGAAGUCUUUGGCGCGUGGAGUGUGGGGAGGAAAGGAUCUUGAGGGCCCAGAUCGGAAGGGACGUAACGAGGGGGGGGAUAUCGGCCAGCUGGGCGGGGUUUUGCACGAUCGGAGGGGGGGGGCUGUCUUCUCCCAGGCACAGCUUUGCAGUCGUGUCGAGCGGCGCGCCAGACAUCCGCGCGCUGCAAUGGGCCAACGCCGAGGACUCGACGAAGGAGGAGGAGGGAUGGCGGCAGCUCAUUCUGUUGACAACGAGGGGAAUGGAGUGCUGGGAUGUGGAGAUGACACGUGGCGGGUGCUGCAAGAUGAUCUGGUCGCAGGACAUCUUGGAAGAUCAACGGUUGUACCAGGAGCUGGGAGGUCCUGCGCACAUCUGCUUGCUGGACUUACAAGUGGACUCCCAAGGAAGUCUUGUGACGGUCUUGGCAGCAUCCUUGUACGUUGAGAGAGCCGCUCGCCAGCAGGCGUUUGUGCAGUAUUCCGUACACACGUACGGAUUUGACCGCCACAGAGGGAACAAUGCCAUAAACAACAGUGCAGCAGGAGCAGAUGGCCAUAGCCAAUCGAGUGUGCCCAACGUACGCGCGGUGGGUCCUGCCAAAGUGAUCGUACAGAAGGGGAGGGUGGAGGGUGCGGAGGUGGUGCUGUCGGUGCGCCUGAGAGUGGGCGGAAGACCGGCGGGAUCGGUGUUGAUUAUGGGCGGAGAUGGCACGGCGAUGAUCUACGGCUCAGAUCGGCAGCGGCUUUACCAGUACAUGGCGGCGCAGCCGAUGGGCGAAGUGCUCGAUGCGGCAGCAAUGCCGCUAGCGGAGCCGUCCGUGGAAGCGUCUGGAGCUGGGUACGGGAUUGGAGAUUGGUUGAUACUGACACAGAGGGGGGGAGUGCUGGCGGUGCCCGAGGAGAUCAUGAGAGCCGAAGGUUUGGCCGAAGAGAGAGAGGCGGAGGAAGGUGGGGGGGGCGGGGGAUUGCCCGGUGGUGUGGGUAUCGGGGGGUUGGUGGCGGACACGACGCCCGGUCGGAGUCUGAGCCGACAACCCUCCGAGCGGAAAGCCGCCGCCGGCGGGGGCGGGGGCGGGGGCGAGGGGGUUGAAGCAGCAGACGAGAGAGAGAGAGAGAUGGUCCGAGAGAGGGAGGUGGAUGCCACCACCGCUGCGAUGGAAGAUGGCUAUGGCUAUGGAUAUGGCCAUGGCGGCGAAGGCGAAGCGGAAGGCGCAGGCGGCGCUGCCCUUGCUUCUUUUUCUGCUGCUGGUGGAGGAAGCUCCUCCUCUCCUUCUUCGUCGUCUUCCAGAGACGACGAAGUGGUGGGCAAACUCUUUGAGCAGUACCUCAUGACCGGCGUCGUCGAUGGAGUCUUCGAGAAGCUGAAGAUGGCCCGCGCUUUUGAUGUUGACGGAUACGAGAAUGUGUUCGUGCGAACGAGCAGAGCGUUGAUCGACACGUUGUCGAAGCAGUGGGCCGGCGGCGGCGUUGCCGCCAUCGCCGUCCAUCUGGCGGAAAAGCAGAAACGUCAUCGGCAGUUUCUAGAGUUCCUGCAGGUCACGCGCUCCUACGACGAGCUGAAGGAUCAUCAAAGCAAUUCCAACGCGAAAUGGGUGGCCCUGCAUGGGAUCAUGGAGCACGGAGAGAAGGUGGCGGCAAUGGCGCAGCUAAGGCAGGUGCACAACAAGAUGGCAGAAGCCAAGACAGCAGCUCAACUACAAAGAAGAGGAGGAGGAGGAGGGGAUAUGUGUGGUUUGCGGGGGGGGGGAGGGGGAAGUGUUGGGGGGCUAGGAGUUGGCGGAGGCGGAGAGAGAGAGGGUCUUGCGGGAGGAAGCGCAUUAUGGAAGGUGGUCCAGGGUGUGGGAGAAAGAGCGCGGAGGAGUAACGCAGUCCUCAUGGAGCGCGAUCGAGCCGAAGUGUUUUAUACCCGGGUAUCGGUUUUGCAAGAGUUCUUUGAGGGCGUUCGUCUGCUUGCCGCCUCGGUGAUUGGUCGGCCGACAGUGGAACCCGCUCGCAUUCAGCUUGAGAGGCUCUGCGAGAUCGCAGAUGCAUGCACGGCAACCAUCGAUGCGGCUUUUAGGUAUAGGGAGAAGCAGGCGAAGUGGUAUCCCCCUCUGGACGGGCUGGAACCCUGGACCUGUUGCUCUUCCGUCCGCAUGGGUUUAUCUACCCUAGUCACGCUCUUUCUGCAACUCAAGGUGGAGCUAACUGCCUCCGAGCCUUCCCUGGUUCCUGAGCUGAUGGUGCGGCUUCGGCGGCUUGCCAAUCUCCUGCUUGAUGCCUACAAGGGCGCCAUUGAUGCUGUAGUAGACAAGAGACUUGAAGACAGGCAUUUGCGAGCAGAGUAUGGGGAGAUGAGAGACCGGCUGCUCAACGCAUUCAGGCAGUACGCGCGCGAGCUGGCGGAUCAAGCCGGGCAGCGUGCGGGGAGAGCCGGGGAGGCGCAGCGCCAAGCGGUUCUCGCGCGGGAAUACGAGGUCCUUCUCAAGCUCGCGGACAAACACCAUGGCUUCCAGACCCUCGCGGACAUCUGCGAAGAGCUCGGCGACUGGAAGCGGCUUCAGGACUACAUGAAGAACUGCGGCGGCAGUCGGGAUCGGGAGGGGAGAUUCAGUCGGUUCAUGUUCGACAGGUGUAUGCAGCGAGCGCAGCAUGCGCGGCUCUUGCGCUUCGGUUCCGACUUCCGCGAUGAGCUCUCCGCCUUCUUGCAGCCGCACAAGCACUUGCGAUGGCUGCACGAACUUUAUCGUCAGCAGUACCAGCAGGCAAGUCUCUCGCUAGCGGACAUCAGCUCACUGGAGAGCUGUAAAGCGAUGGGCGGGAAGAGCAUAGCGCAGAGGCGCAAGCUUCUCUGCCUUGCCAAGCUCUCGGCUAUGGUGGCCGACCCUAGGGCUUCGAACAGCUACAGAGUUGGGGAGAUCGAUGCUGUCAGAGGGAUUUUGCAGAUCCAGAAACACGCCGUAGAUGCAGGAUUGAUGGAGGACUGCCCACUUUCACCUGCGGAGAUCAUAGAGCGCUUGCUGCACUCCACCGAGACGAAGUUCGUCGCUCUGUCUUUCGAGGUCUUCGCGUUGGCGGGAACGCAGUUUCGCUGGGACCACCGCGCGCUCCUGGAAUCCGCGUGGCUAAGGGCCACCGAGGUCGAUGAUUGGUCGGGAUUGCAGAGGAUGUACGAGGAUGAGGGAUGGAGCGACGACCAGUACUUCGAGACCUUGAGGGCCACGUGCCUCUUCUACGCCGCAGAGACUUGCUAUGGACCCAACUCGCUCUGCUUGGGCGACCCAUUCGAAGCGGUGCUGCUGCUGCAUGACGAAGAUCAUGAGCUGGCGCGCGCGCGCGCGGCGGAUAGAGUGGGAUCGAAGGACGAUCGCAUUCUCUGUGGGGGUAUUGACAGCCAAACAGGCUUGUCAUGGGCGCUGCGCUCCGAAAAGCUCUUCCUUUGGGGCUAUCUAUCUGGCAAGGUGCCAGAUCGGUGGACGGAGCUGCAGCUGCCUUCGCAGCUGCUGCAGUCGUCGGGAUCGGGACUGGCGGAUCAGAGGCACGGAGACAGAUGGCACGUGUGCAUCAUCCCGAAGGCGGGCAGCAGGAGCUCCGCCGAGAAAGCCGCCACCGCCGCCGCCGCCGCUAGGUCCCCGGGGACAAAGAGGGGCGCGGAAGAGCGGGUGGCGGUAUUACCCGCAUCCAUAUUUCGAAAGCUUAGAACUGUUGGCGAUGUUGUGGAUGAUGAUGAUUUUGAUGAUGGUGAUGAUGAUGCUGAUGAUGAUGCUGAUGCUGAUGAUGCUGAUGAUGCUGAUGAUGCUGCUGCUGAUGCUGAUGCUGCUGCUGCUGAUGAUGAUAAUGAGGAGGAGGAGGAGGAGGAGGAGGAUGAAUGGUGUGUCUUGAUCUUGGUUUUCUUGGCUGCACGUAUAUGCCUGAGUCAUUGUGUAAUUUCCAUAAUGUGCUUGCCUAUGGUAUCCAAUGACGAUGACGAUGACGAUGAUGAUGAUGAUGAUGAUGAUGAUGAAUGGUCGGUCUUGAUCUUUGGUUUUCUUGGUUGCAUAUCAAGGUACCUGGAGAAGGAGGGAGAAUGGCAGGUGGCUACGGACGUGUCUUUCUCAAUUCCCAGGCUGGAAGAAGGACAAAACGUAGCCUCCAAGAAAAGUGACCUGGAAGCCAAGACAAUCACCAUGGACCUGGAUAGCUUCUAUAAAAGUGACUUUUCGGAGGAUGACAUGGAAGAAUGGCAGGAUGAUGGAAUCACCUCAAAGUCGGUCUCCUCAAUGGAUCAAGGCACCAGCGGAAGUAUUGGAGAAUACCGACUAGAUGACGCUUCCCCCAAGACACAGCGGGAUCCGCCGGAUGAGUCCACAUCCGCUAUGGAAGACCUCGACCAGGACCUCCUGAAAAUUUUAAUACCUUGAUCACCAGUCUCACCACGGUCUGACCGUCACAAUGCUGGAAAUCUUUCGGAAGAGGGCAAAUGCCAAUGAAACACGCAGGAAGAC